UUCAAUAAAUGUUAUGAACAUAUCUAACCUUCCCUUUAAUUCCAUUCAAUUCUCUUUGACUUGAAAAAGAUAUAUGCAAACACAUAUAUAAAAUAAUGGUGGAGGAAAGGGCUGAAGUUGUGUAUGAUAUUGGAUAUGGUUAUGGUAACCCUUGUAGGUAUUUACAAGAAGUUUUUAGAAGCUUUUUAAGGUGUUUGGGGUUAGAGAAACAAGAAGGAAAAGAAAGAAACACUAGUGGUGGUGUUGGUGGCCGCGACACAGGCGGUGGUGACGGUGACGGUGACGGUGACGGUGACGGAGGUGGAGGUGAGGUGGAUCCACCUACAACUUCUCCUAUUAUGGAUCCUACUGAUGAACCUAUGUCUACAAGGAGACUCACAAGAAGACCCCCUCCGCCAAGGGGGCCGAUUAGCUCUGGAGGAGGCGGUCAAACCAACUAACUAGUUAGAUCGUUCGCUUUUCUCCCCUUCAACCAGUAUAUCAAUGUCGUAACUUGAUGUGAAGCUAUUAGAAACCAGCUAUGGAGCACUGAAGGCUUUUAAAUAAUGUGGCUAUAAGUUACCUAAAUAAAAGAAGUUUAUGUUUUCAACAACUGGGGUUUAUCCCUACAAAUACGUUAUAAAUGAAAUAUGGGGUUUAACCCAU